AUGUAUGGGACCAGGGGUCAAGUAGCGGUCAACAAUCACCAGAAGGAAGGCGAGAGCCUUGUAGAGGUGAUUUCGGGUGGUUUUGUAGGAAUCUUUCGUGUUCUAUGCAGAAAGGGCCGUAAGAGAGAAGGUUCGGCAGGAAUCUCCGGUCGGUUAGGUGUUUCCUCAAUGGCUUCUCCGAAUGUGUUCAAAUCGGAUACACAUGAAGGCGAGUAUUCUUACACCUUGGUACGCCAUGCCAAAGUGUGCUCAGGGAUUUGGCCCGCGAUCGAUUCUCGACGACAGUAA